GCCGGCGGGACGGAUUUGCAUCCGGAGUCGGAAGAGGCGAGUUCCCUUUUGCAGACAGCGGUUUCGGUGCUGCAGAGCUCCUACUUGGACUGUACAUCUCGGGACGGUUUUCAGUACAGCCAAGCAAUUCUGGUGGAAAACGAUGUUUUUGUAAACGAGCUCAAAGCUUUUGCCCAGGCCAAGGAAGCUGCUGGCUACAGCCAGGAGGAGCUGGAGGAAACCUUCGCGUUUCUCCUGUUUGACAACGAAGACGAGGCAAAAGAGGUGUGUCAGACAGGCCUGCGUGUAAACACCAGCUCCAUCUCCACACUCGGGGAUCCAGCAAAAGGCGUUUAUAUUUCCAAGUAUGCAGACUGCCUUCAUCCGAGACCCUGGCAUCACGGAAAAUCGGGCUACAUUGUCAUUUUUAAGCUAAUUAAGGGCAAGGUGAAGGCAGUAUGUGAGAAUCACAGCACCAGCUACACCUGCCCAUCACCAGGCUACGACUGCCACAUCGCCGUGAGCAGAAACACCGUGAGCAGCAGGACCAGCCCCUUCCAGGCCUUCGAGCAGAGCCAGUAUUACGUGUACGAAGUGUCCGGUGGCAGCGUCGCGGAGCGCCCCAGGCAGAUCUGCCCCUACAUGGUCAUCGCCUGCCAGUACAAGGAGCCCAAGGGGAUGCCCCUCGUAGCCAGAGAGAGCCUACCUGACCUUAAUCACAAAGCAUCUUACUGCCCAUGGAGGGGGCAGCUCUCCAUCCGAGGCCAGCUCUUGUGCAGCAUCGCCCUGCGGACCCCGUUCAGCUCCACGAUCCCAGCCCAGCUGCCCCCCAACCUGGACAUGAACCAUGUCAUGGGAUUAUCCGACUUGAAGAAAAAGCUCCCAGAAGCUGCCUUUGGGAAAAGCAACUACGUCAGGAAUGAAGUGUGUUUUCAAGGCAUUUACUUCAGCCUGUAUGAAGUGGAAAUAUCCAAUAAGGAGCAACAUAAAAUGGAUGAAUUAUUACAAAACCUGAAGGAGAAAGACUUGGCAAUCAUCAAAUAUUUACAAGACCGAGGCGCCCUCAUCCUGCUCACGUCCACUGCCCUGACGCGAGACGACGCAUUUGACCCCGAGGAGCCUGUCAGCCUCCUGGCCCUGUUCCUGUUUGCCUCAUCGCGGGAGGUGGGUCUGCAAGCUGACAAACAAGACCCAAAAGCUGAAAAGGAAGAGGGUGACAUCUCUUUGAAAAUAGCCUCAGUUUUGCCUGGGCUUCAGUACGCCGUGCAGAAAGCCACCAAGUCCUCACACAGGGAGCCCGUCAGCACCGGCGCACGAAUCAAACAGCACUUCCAGGAAUUUGCCAAACUUGAGCAAAAUGCACAGCCUACCUCUGGCCAACCCAACCCAGCUCCCCUUUCUUCUCUCCUGUCACCAGCCGAGGAGGAAGGUACUAAUCCCCUUACCAAAUGCUCCGAGCAGUCCUUUUCCCAGCUGCGGCAUUACCUCUCCGAUCCCAGCAGCUAUUCCCUGGAAAUCUCAGCUGCUCUGGGUUGCUUGGCCGGCGCCGCUCAGUCCCUUUGCUGCAGCUCGGAAGCUGUUUGUAACGUGGACUUCUCUUUAGUGGCGCCACUGGAUCCUGUUCCUCCCAACGUGACAGCCCUGCAGGUCGGGAAUGAAGCCCCCAAAGCUGCUGCGGGCCUGACCCAGGGUGGCAAAGGGACCACGGCAGAUGUCACCUCGGCCGGCAAGCUGCGGGUGCAGCAGAGCAAGAGGAAAUCCAGCCGAGCCAUCGUGAGCAGCAGCAGGAAGAAGUGGUCCCCCCUCAAGAUGCAAAUUCAUCCCGUGGGGGACGGCAGCAGAAACAGGAAAGCGACCAAGAAGAAAAAAAUCAACUUCGCUUUUCCGAAGAAGCCGGGACUCGCGGCCAGUCCCAGUGAGCCCAUGCUCAAAUUGGCCAAUUUGCAGUUUCCACACAGGAGGAAAAGAGGUGCAGAGGUCCUGUCUGCAGAAUUUGUGCACAAAACGCAGGCCGAGCCGCUGCAGGAGGCAACCAGCAGCCCUACAGGGGAAGCAAAGAGAGCGAAGAAGCUGAAGAAACCCAAUGGGAGGAAGGCUCCUAGCGCUCAGGCAGCCACAAAGCCACUGAAGAAGAAGAUGGUAAAAAGCCCCUCGAAGCCUCAAGCCAAAAAUCAAGAGGAAAGGGAGCCCAAGGAGUCAAUCUCCAUCCUGCCGAGCGAGACCCUCGGCAAAGAUCUUGGAGCGUCGAGUGUCGUGAGUGGGAUUUAUCCUGCCGAGGACGUGGAUCUGCAAGGGAACAACUACGAGUCGCACGCGCUGAACCUGCUGGCCGACCUGGCGCUGGGUUCCUGCAUCCCUGAACUUGUCCCUGCCGCCUGCGGCGCCGCGACGGAGCCGCGGGGCCAUCGCAGGCCCCGGCCGUCGCGCUCGGCGUUCGACCACGAGUACCACCGAGUGGACCGGCUGGCCACCGCGGGCACCUCGCCCAACCACAAGCUGGAAAAACCCGCCGGAAAAACGGAUUUAAAAAAGGACUCAGGCCCGAUUUCCAGGGAGAAAAGUCCAGGCGUUUCCAGCAAGAAGAGCAACCCAAGCCCCAGCGCUGCGAAGCUCCACGAGGCUCAGGAGCCCGAGGUGACCAGGCCCUCCUUCAUCUGCUCCGAGCACUCGUACGCCUCGCAGAUGCCCGAGCACGCGAGGAAGCCACCGCAUCCCAGGGGAACGCCGCAUCCCACGGCCUGGGCCGCCCGGAACGGGCCCAGGAGCGGCCGCCCGGGGCCGCCCGUGGGGCAGGGGCUGCCCUUCCACCCACGGCAGAGCGGCGGCCCCACGGACAACUUCGCCCGGACGCACACGGUGCGGCGCUGCGGCGGCUCCGUCACCGUGACGUGCCGCUGCGAGGCCGGCUACCUCUUCAGCCUGGACAGCAGGUACACCCGGGACGCCCUGGAGAAGACCGUCAUCCGUGCCCUACAUGGGCCCUGGGACUCCGACCUGCCCGACGACGUGGAGGAAACGAAGCUGAUCCUUCACAUGUGGGUGGCUCUCUUCUACAGCAAGCCCAGCAAGCUCCUGAGCAGCACCAGGAAGGUGGUGGAGCACAGCAACCCCAAGAAGUUCGUGUCAAUAAACAGCACGGGGGACUUUCUGGAGUUGAGUGACGACAGCGAGGACGGUUUUGGGUUGGAGACGUGUCCUGCAGACUCCCAGUCGGACCCCGACCGCCUGCCCAGCUUGCCCAAGCCCGGCGCACGAUCCCAGGGACCUUUUUGCACGGAGCAGAGCCCUGCAGACUCGCAGACGGACUCAGACGGCGCCCAGGGCCUCGUGGAUAGCACGGUGUCUUCUUCUGUAGGGGAGCUGCCCUGCGUGGAGGAGCCAUCAUCCACAAGCCAUCCCGAGAGCCCUUCCCUCUCCACUCGUGCCCGUGAGAGCAGCCCGGCGGCGGAAGAGGCGCCUGCCACUCCGGAGGAGCCUCCCGGUGAGGGACCGCUGGACCCUGCGGUCGCCCCCGGCCCUUCGGAGGAGCUCGGUGAUCCCAGCGAGUCCCCGUCCACACUGGCCAGGGGGGAAAAGCCGCAAGUUGGAGCCCUGGGAGGGAUGGGGACGUUGGACGCGGGAGAGUGCCGAGAUGGCGACCCAUGCGCGGCACCUCCUGCAGCCCAGCACGGACACGGGGCAGAUCCGUGUGGCCCCGAGCCGCCCAUGGACUCCAGAGCACGGACCCCGGAGCGCGCGUCCCCCGCGGGACGGUGCCCGAACCCCGGCUCCGUGUCCCAGGAGCAGCCGGGCGCCCGGCGCCGCGCAGGGAGCUGUGAGGCAGCCGGCGGCCGCAGCGGCGCCGCUGCCGCCUGCCCGGCGCCCCUCGUGCUGCUCGGGGAGCCCAGCGCGCUCGCCGUCCCGGAGCGCGCACACGGAGCCACCCCCAUUCCCUCCUUUCUGGAGACGCUGCUCCGGACCCGCCGGGAGACGUCACCGGAGCUCUGUGACACCACGGAUGUUUCGGAUGCGCUGCUGGGAGCAAAGUGGUUCCCCGGCACGGAGGGACACGCGGCCUCCACGCACGGCUCCUCCUGCAGCGACUCAGACCGGGAGGACUUUGGAGGGACCAUCUGUCAGCUCCGCACGUCCCGGGCUUCCUACAGCAUGAAAUCCAUGGAUGCCGCAGACGCCGGGAGCAGCUGGGACGUGUCCUCGGGGAGCUCGGAGCAGGCGGACGGGCGCAGCGAGGGCUGGAGGUCGCCGGGAGCGCCGCAGCGCUGGUGGCAGCCUGAGCCGCCCUACGUCAGUAUCACGGACGACCGAGGCGUCCCCAGGGACUACGUGAACUUCACCGUGACCAGAAGGCACCGGGACGCGGCGGGAACUCGGCAGCCGGAGAUGGGAUGCGGCCGGCACGGGCGGCACUCGCAUCUGCUGCGGUCACUGCUGGGGACUAGGAGGACUUCCCCGGGGGUCACACAGGACACGCUGGACCUGGAGUGUCUCCGCUUCCAUUAUAAGCUAAAGCAGAUCCUGAGGAGCAGGAAACCACCCUCUUCUACCUCUGAGAGCAUCUUCCCAAAAGACUCCGCUGUGCCGGGGUCGCCCGAGCGGCGUCCCGGCCAGCGCAGCCCCUUGCGGGUGACGCUGCUGCCCUCGGCCACGGGGCCGGCCGGUGUCACGCGGUGCCCACGGAGCCACGCGGCCCCCGGGCACCUCCGCAAGCUCCGCUAUGAUGGGGAGCCCCGCGCGGCGCGGGGGGACAUCGCCCUCAUCCUCGCCGAGUACGCCGAGCUGGGCCGGGUGCUGCGGGGCCGGGCGGGCGCGGGGCCGGCGCGCGGGGCCGCCGCGGCACCCGGCGCCUCGUGUCCCCGCCGGCGGCCGCCCGCCUUCGAGGACACCAUCGCCGCCCUGUGCAGCGCCCUGCGCUGCCGCCUGCGCCGCGUGGCCCGCGACGCCAGCGCCCGCGCCGGCCUCUUCUACCUGGUGGAGACGGGCGAGGACCCCUUCUUCGCCAGGACCAAGGCCUUGCUGGAGGAGGGCGGCCACAAGGAGACGGAGCCGCUGAGCUUCUGCAAGGCCCCGCGCCUCGAGGCCGAGCGGCUGCUGGUCGUCAUCAGGAACGAGGACAUUUCUUCGCACAUCCACAAGGUGCCGUGUUUGCUGAGGCUGAAGCACUGCCCCAACGUGGUGUUCGCCGGGCUGGACCAGCCCGAGGACCUGCCGGGGCGCACGUACCAGGAGCUCUUCCAUACGGGCGGCUUCGUGGUCUCGGAUGACGAGGUGCUGGAGACGGUCACGCUGGGGCAACUGAAGGAGGUGAUGAAGGUGCUGGAGAAGCUCAACAGCAGCGGCAGGUGGAAGUGGCUCCUUCACUACAAGGAGAGCAAGAAGCUCAGAGAAGCCCUCAGGCUGGACGCCACCGCCCGCAAGAAGAACCUGCUCCUCAGGUCGUGCCAAGGGGCCGACCUGGUCGAGGUGCUGCACUACCACGCGUGCGACGCCGCCGCCUCGCGCCGCGCCGAGGCCCUGCGGUGCUUGCUCAGCCUGCAGGUGCAGCACAUCAGCGCCAGGUUCGCCGUGUACCUCACGGAAAAACCCGGUGUCAGCAAGGAGGCCUUUGAAAGCCAAGGCAUCCUGGUGGCCGACGUCAACACCUUCCUCGGCACCGUGCAGAAGGCGGCUGCCCCCUUCCAAAGAAGCUACUGGUAA